CUUGUUCAUCAGGUGGACUCUCACUACUGCCCCAGCUGCCUGGAAAACAUGCCUUCAGCUGAAGCCAAGCUGAAAAAGAAUAGGUGUGCUAACUGCUUUGACUGCCCCUGCUGCAUGCACACCCUUUCCACCCGGGCCACGAGCAUUCCCGCUCCGCUCCCUGACGACCCAGCCAAGACCACCAUGAAGAAAGCCUAUUACUUGGCCUGUGGGUUUUGCCGCUGGACUUCCCGGGAUGUGGGCAUGGCAGACAAGUCUGUCGCUAGUGGUGGCUGGCAGGAGCCGGAGAAUCCUCACACGCAGAGGAUUAACAAACUGGUUGAGUACUACCAGCAGUUGGCUCAGAAAGAGAAGAUCGAGCGGGACCGGAAGAAGCUGGUGCGACGCCGAAACUACAUGCCCCUGGCCUUUUCGCAACACACUAUACACGUAGUGGACAAAUACGGCCUUGGAACCAGGCUUCAACGCCAGAGGCCCGGAGCACCGAUCAGCGCCCUCGCUGGACUCUCCCUGAAAGAAGGAGAGGACCAGAAGGAGAUCAAGAUUGAGCCAGCCGAUGCAGUGGAAGAAGUGGAACCUCUUCCUGAGGAUUACUACACAAGACCGAUCAAUCUGACAGAAGUGACGACCCUGCGGCAGCGCCUGCUGCAGCCCGACUUCCAGCCCAUCUGCGCUUCCCAGCUCUACCCGCGCCACAAGCACCUCCUGAUCAAGCGUUCGCUGCGCUGCCGGAAAUGUGAACAUAACCUGAGCAAACCAGAAUUCAAUCCAACAUCUAUCAAAUUCAAGAUCCAGCUGGUUGCUGUUAACUACAUCCCUGAAGUGAGGAUCAUGUCUAUUCCCAACCUGCGCUACAUGAAGGAAAGCCAAGUCCUCCUGACUCUGACCAAUCCAGUGGAAAACAUCACACAUGUCACGCUGCUGGAGUGCGAGGAGGGAGACCCUGACAACAUCAACAGCACUGCCAAGGUGGCAGUUCCUCCCAAGGAGCUUAUUCUGGCUGGCAAAGAUGCUGCAGCGGAAUACGACGAGCUGGCAGAGCCUCAAGACUUCCAGGAUGACCCUGACGUUAUUGCCUUCAGAAAAGCCAAUAAGGUCGGGGUUUUCAUCAAGGUCACCCCACAGAAAGAAGAGGGCGAAGUGACCGUGAGUUUCAAGAUGAAGCACGAGUUUAAAAACCUCGCUGCUCCCAUCCGGCCCAGCGAGGAGGGCGAUCAUCCCUCGGAGGUCAUCUGGCUCACCCACCACGUGGAGCUCAGCCUCGGCCCCGUGCUCCCGUGAACGCUCCCGACGCUCGCGCCGCGCCGGCUGGCCGCAGGAUGGACCGUCCCAGGGAAGGGAGCCCCUGGUGGAACGUUCUGCGAGAAGUCCUUUGUGAUGUGUGGCUGUGUGCCACGGGCCCCAGCCGGGCCCCGAGAGGCGGCUGAGGGUGCCGUGGUUUGGGAUGGUUUGUUCUCCCUCCUCUUGUCGUAGUGCCCACUGAC